UUAUAGACCGGAAGCCGCUGUCUUAGUCCUCUUUCCCGUCUUGCAAGAUGGCGGGUGAAAAGGCGGAGAAGCCUGAUAAAAAGGAGCAGAAACCUGCAGCCAAGAAGGCUGGCGGUGAUGCUACUGCCCCCCGGGCCCGGCCCGCUGGUGCGGUCAAAAAGAGUAGUUCUAAGGCUAAAAAGCUGAGGAAGAGUAAGCCCCAUUGCAGCCGGAACCCUGUCCUGGUGAGAGGAAUCGGCAGGUACUCCAGAUCUGCUAUGUAUUCCAGAAAGGCCUUGUACAAAAGGAAAUACUCUGCUGCCAAGACAAAGGUUGAGAAGAAGAAGAAGAAAGAAAAGGUCCUUGCUACCGUCACAAAAACAGUUGGUGGGGACAAGAACGGUGGCACCCGGGUGGUGAAGCUUCGAAAAAUGCCUAGGUAUUACCCUACUGAAGACGUGCCUCGGAAGCUGCUGAGCCACGGCAAGAAGCCCUUCAGCCAGCACGUGAGGAGGCUGCGCUCCAGCAUCACUCCCGGGACUGUCCUGAUCAUCCUCACCGGGCGCCACAGGGGCAAGAGAGUGGUUUUCCUCAAGCAGCUGGGCAGUGGCUUGCUACUUGUGACUGGACCUCUUGCCCUCAACAGAGUUCCUCUGCGCAGGACACACCAGAAGUUUGUCAUCGCCACCUCUACAAAAGUUGAUAUCAGCAAGGUUAAAAUUCCCAAACACCUGACUGACGCUUACUUCAAGAAGAAGCCACUUCGCAAGCCCAGGCACCAGGAGGGCGAGAUCUUCGACACAGAGAAGGAGAAAUACGAAAUUACAGAGCAGCGAAAGGCUGAUCAGAAAGCUGUGGACUCGCAGAUUUUGCCAAAGAUCAAAGCUGUCCCCCAGCUCCAGGGCUACCUGCGGUCUCAGUUCUCCCUGACGAAUGGCAUGUACCCUCACAAACUGGUGUUCUAAUUGUUAACAACCUAAUUAAACUGCUUCAUAAGGUU